AUGGUAUCAUCAUUGUACCCAUCAACACCCAGCACCAUGAUGUACAUCAUUGUCAGUGUGUACCUGAUAAGUUUACUUCUGAGACCAGGAUAUGCACCAGAGCAGUACCUGUAUCCUCAGUCAGAUGGACAGAGGACUGCACGUCUGGUUGGCAAAACAUCCAAGGCGGGACGUCUGGAGAUAAAGUUCAAUAGAGAGUGGAUCGGAGUGAGUUACAAAACUUUUACACCGCAGGAGGCGCAGGCUGUCUGCAGGAUGUUAGGAUUCAACAGCUCAAAAUCUGCAGCUGUGGUACCAUACGUGUUCGGAGCAGAUUCAGGUUUUCGAUAUGAAUACUUGAAUUGUAAGGAACCGGCUACCAGCUUUGAAGAGUGCGAGUUUGGAGAAAUAAGAGAUUUGUUACCGCGGGGUGAAGAUUGGGGGGCGACUACAGAUGUCGGUGUCAUGUGUGACGUCAGUAACGCUAGUGAGCCAAUGAAAGCCCGUCUGGUUAACGGGACAUCUGAGGCUGGGCGACUAGAGAUUUUUUCAAAAGGAGAAUGGGGAAUAGUGUGUGGCGAGACUUUUGGAAAGGAAGAGGCGGAGGUUGCUUGCAAAAUGCUAGCGUUCAAUGGCACUGGAGCAAGAGUUGUCCAUGCAGACAUAUUUGGGCCAAGUUCAGGUUUCGUUCUUCUCAGUUACGUGAACUGCACGGGAACAGAAAAAAACUCUGGAACAGUGUCUUCACAAUGGUUUCGUACCUGCAGAGAGCUCCGAGGGGUGUACCUGGCAGACAAGACAAACGGGGGUCUUCGCUGUGUACCUGAAGGACAAGAGGAAGGGAAGUCAGCGCUGGAGCGCCUCACAGGGCCAGAGGUCUACCUGUAG